AGAGAGAGAGAGAGAGAGAGAGAGAGAGAGAGAGAGAGAGCAGCAAAAGAAAAAGUAAGUUUCAAGGAAAAAGCACCAAAAAUAUAAUGAAAGGAGAAACGAGAAACGAGGAAAGUGAAGUUGGAUGAGCGUCCAGAUAACCUUUUCAGAAGAAAGUUAAUAUUGUUUUUUUGUGCUUUGUCGAACUCCAUUAGAUCAGCUUGUUAAACCUCCCUUUCAACUUGCAGUGAAAAAAUCCAUGAAACAUAUUUUUUACGAAUCAUUCUUAUUGAUUUGCCGUUUUCAAAGACAGGGCCUCAGCAGAGGGAAAGGGACUGAGGCCGGCCAAUUAGCGUUCGAGAAAGCUCCAGAAAGCUAUUGUCUCAUCCCCUCCCCCUUCAGCCUCCCUCCUCUCCUCCCUCCAGUUCAUCCGACACUGUCACUGUCAAAUCCACGAGCAUGACGAAGGGCCAACAGACUUCAUUCACAGCGGCCCUUGUCACCACCGGGAAUGAAAAUGUUAACGAAAUCAAUAUAACCCAUCGGCAGAAGCUUCUCUUGUAGUGUUCGUGUGACCGCAGCUUUCGCCUCUGCUGACUUGUUCGCGCUCUGAUAUCCAACAAAGAAUUGCAAGGAAGCAUAACAGCAGAAAACGAAAUGACGUCGCCUUAACCCAGAGCCAGGAAGGGCCAGCCAGAAAGCAACAAGAACAGCAACAGUAUCAGCAAGAUGGCCCACCCCCUCCCGCCCCCGCCGCCCCCCCUCAACCUUGGCGUCGGCUGGAGCGACAGAUGGCCGCUGGUUGCCGAUGGAGCAGCCCUUGCCCCGCCUGCCCUGGCACCGCCGCGAGCCCUCGACCAGCACCCCGAGGAGGGAGGGAAGGGCACCGAGGCCAGGGAAACCUUCCGCGGGCGGCAGUUCCUAGGUCUUCUUCGCCCUGGCAGAUUCAGGGCCGCCCCCGUGGCAGGCGCAGCGUCAUUACCUUCUGGCAACACCCUCGUCUGUGUGUGUGUGAUCGAAGAUUUGCUGACGCUUUUCGGACAACCAUGAUGAUCCAGCUAUAUAUCAGAACGAAAAAGAAGGAGGACUUGUUCCAGGAACAGCUAUUACAGAACGGUGCCACGGGUGUGUCAGAAGACUUGGGGUCCUGGAAAAAAUGCCGCAAAAUGAAUAGCAUGACCCAGGUUCCGAUUGCACAAUUGUAGGCCAAUAAGCUGUUAUGAAUAUAAAUUAUUGAAAUAUAAUAAAUCGUCAAGAUAAAACAGUUCUGAAAUCAAAAAUAGGUAUAUCUGUAAAACGGACGAGAACAAGAGGAGGUGAUAGUAUGAUAGCGUCACUUUAGCGACGGCCAUGCUUCAAGCUUCUAGAUCAGGCUCGUGUUUCAGUGUCUAUGCGAAUCAUCCAGUUUCUUUUAUUUCAUGGAUGACUUAAGUUUACGUGACGUAUGACAUUCAUCCGUUAGUGUAAGAGUGUGUUGUGUGUGUGCACCUCUUUUUGGAUCAUUUUUAAGGUUCAAAUAUUCGGAAGGUUGUAACUGAUUUCUAAAGACCUGGCAAGUACCCUUCGGCCAUUUGGGAAGGAGUGACAUUCAUAAGCCCUUCGGUGAAAAAAAAACAUUAAUAUUCAUGAAUACGUUGGUUGUCCCAGUGAAUAUUUGUCGUUUUUGAAAUGUUAUAGCAUGGCUUAAACUUAAAUGAAAACAUAAUUUCGUUUUUUUUACUAUAUGAUUAGUCAGUUAUAUCUUAAGAGUUCAUAAUACAUUAAUGAAAGUCUUACAGCGUAGAAGAUAUCCAGCCUUCCAGAUAACUCCUUCCCAGAUCUGCGAGGAGCUUGAAGUGUCGUCUUUUCCCGAUUUUAGAGCUGUAGAUGUUUUUGUUUUUAAUACCAUGCCAUAUAUUCUUUAACAUUUUUGUAUAGUGUAGCAUAAAAUUCUAUUGUAAAUAUAUGUAAAUAAUGCUCUUUAAUAAACUUUCUGUUUUUCUUG